GGCAAUUUGUACAGGUGUCACUCAUCCCUACAAACAAGAUGGCUGCCGUGCAGGUGACGUGCUUGACGUUGAUGUUUGCCGCGGUGAGCGUGGCUCAGGUGUUCAAAUUCGGCGGGUGCCCUGAUGUUGCCGUUCAGGACGGCUUCAACCUCACCAGGUAUACGGGCAAAUGGUACAGCGUCAGGAGGCUGCCGACCAAAUUCCAUCAAGGCAGCUGCCCGUUUGCCGUGUUCACGCUCGUGAGGCCCGGAGUCUUCAGAUUCUCCAUCAAUGAACUGCUUGCCAAUGGUAGCGUUUAUUCCACUAAUGGCACAGCCCGUGUGACGGAUCCUACAGCGCACGCCAAGCUGGAGUUAUCUUUCGAUAACUCAUCUCCUCCUGGAAAGUUCUGGUACUGGGUGCUGUCCACGGACUACGUGGACCACGCAGUGGUGUACCACUGCGAAGAGUGGGGCCACUUUCACCUGGACCUGGCCUGGAUCCUGGGCAGGGCGCCGACGCUGGCCCGGGAUACGAUCCAGAAGCUGCAGAGAGUCCUGAACGCCGCCGGUGUGGACGUCACUCAGCUGGUCGACGACAACCAAAACUCAAAGUAUUGCAGCAUCAUGCCUCGCUGGAAGCAAUAAAGCAAACUGAAAUGAA